AUGGCGUCGCUGCUGCUCCGUCAAGAGCAAGAGAGCAAUCGGAAGCUGGAGCGUACCAAGAACGAGCUCGUUAAGGAGGUGCAGCGCGUCGUCGAGGAAUCGAACCGCAAGCAGCUAGCCUCCUUGACCGCUCUACUGGAGCAACGGGAUCGGAAGAUGGCAGAGCUCGUGAGGAUCGAGGUAAGCAGAGUCAUCGACCAAGCAAGCGAGAAGGCCAACUCGACGGCGACACUAGCGGUGCAGUCCAGUACAGAGUACGCAGAGACCCAGGCGGCGGCGGCGGCGGCCAAGACGACUGCGGAUAGCACCAUGGACGAUGAUAUCUUUUCGUGCGGCGGAACGGACGAGAACGAAGAGAAGAAGACCUCGAAGAAGAGAAAGCCUCAAGCCGAACGGAAGCAAGCACGCCUGAAUACCAGCACCGACGACUACAUGGAGAAGGUGAGGAACAAGAUACUCAACGCGCGUAAGAAGAGAAGGUGCGACGAUAUGCCUGACUCAGCCUGA